AAUGACAAAACAAUAAACAUAGUAUCGAUAUUACCUAGUUUCCUGUGUGAGUAAACUCCAAGGAAACUUUCUGUGGGAACCUUUCAUUUUGACAAGGCGGUAACUUUCCAAGCAUGUCAGACAGCGAAGAUAGCAAUUUUUCUGGCAAUGAAAGUGAUGGAGGAGAGGACAAAGCUGGGUCAGAUGAUGGAGAUGCCAGUGACAAAAAUGAGGGCAGCGAUCGUAAUGAGGACAGUGACAAAGGAGAUGACAGCGACAAGAAUGAUGACAGUGAUGGGGAGCAGGACAACUCGCAAGAUAAGAAUUUGAAUGAUGAUGAGGCAGAGGAAAGUGAUGGCGAUGGAGAGAAGGACGAUGGCGAUGAAGAGGAGCCUGAGGGAGAGGACCUUGAUAAUGAAGAAUUUGAUGAAGAAGAAGAUGAAGAGGAAGAAGCUAGACCGAGGAAGAAAAAACGGAAAGGAGCCCUUGGGUUCAUCAUUGAAGAAGCUGAUGUUGAUGAUGAGGAUGAUGAAGAUGAUGUUGAGUGGGAAGAUGGUGCUGAAGAGAUCAUUGAUCGCAAGUCUUCAUAUGAUCCAACUGAAAGAGAAAUUGAGAGCCAUCAGAGGCUCAGGCAUAUUUGGGAGAGCCAGCGUGAAGAUGAGAUUGAACAGUACUACCGUCAGAAGUUUGGAAAUGUGUCUACUGCCGAGAGAUACGGAGAGGGUGAGGAGAUGUCUGAUGAGAUCACACAACAGGGACGACUGCCAGGUGUCAAGGAUCCCAACUUGUGGGUGGUCAAAUGUCGCAUGGGAGAAGAGAAAGCCACAGUGGUGCACAUUAUGAGGAAAAUGAUAGCCUAUCAGUUCACAGAUGAGCCUCUGCAAAUCAAGUCCGUUGUGGCCAAAGAAGGACUGAAAGGUUACAUCUACAUUGAAUCUUAUAAACAGACCCACGUGAAACAUGCGAUUGAGGGCAUUGGAAAUUUGAGGAUGGGGUACUACAAACAGCAGAUGGUUCCCAUCAAAGAAAUGACGGAUGUGUUGAAAGUGGUGAAGGAGACAGCUAGCCUUAAGCCCAAGGCAUGGGUGAGACUCAAGCGAGGUGUGUUCAAAGAUGAUCUUGCACAGGUUGAUAUCGUGUACCCCUCUCAAAAUGAGGUUGAUUUAAAACUAAUCCCUCGAAUCGAUUACACCCGUCUUCGUGGGAUCAUGCGCACAACGGCGAGUCAAGAGCAACAGAAGAAGAGAAAACGGCGUCCGCCUCAGAAACUUUUUGAUGUGGAUGCCAUCAGAUCUAUAGGUGGAGAUUUUACCUCUGAUGGUGACUUCCUCAUGUUUGAAGGCAACAGAUAUGACAGGAAAGGCUUCCUCUUCAAAGUCUUCGCCAUGUCAGCUAUUAUUGCUGAAGGUGUAAAGCCAACUCUGGCAGAACUGGAGAAGUUUGAGGACCAGCCCGAGGGCAUGCAAGUUGAGUUGGUUCCAGAAAAGUCAGAGAAUGAGAUUGCCCACAACUUUGCCCCGGGCGACUCUGUGGUUGUUUCCGAGGGUGAGUUGCUGAACCUGCAGGGUAAAGUGAUCCGAGUGGAUGGCAACAAGAUCACCAUCAUGCCCAGGCACGAGGAGCUCAAGGAUCCUCUGGAAUUCCCAUAUAAUGAGCUGAAGAAAUACUUCAAGAUGGGCGAUCACGUGAAGGUGAUUGCCGGUCGCUACGAGGGAGACACUGGGCUCAUUGUGCGUGUGGAGGACAAUGUGAUAGUUCUCUUCUCGGAUCUCACCAUGCACGAGCUCAAAGUGCUUCCAAAAGACAUCCAGCUCUGUUCUGACAUGGCUACAGGUGUGGACUCUCUUGGUCAAUACCAAUUUGGAGACCUGGUCAUGCUUGACCCCCAAACAGUAGGAUGUAUUGUGAGGCUGGAGAAAGAGAACUUCCAGGUCCUUAGCAUGCAUAACAAGGUGUUGGGCGUGAAGCCUCAGUCCAUCACCCGCAAGAAGGACACCAAGAACGCAGUGUCUUUGGACUCUGAAAACAACAAUGUACAAGUGCGAGACAUUGUCAAGGUCAUCGAUGGCCCUCACUCUGGACGGACGGGAGAGAUCAAGCAUUUGUAUCGAAACUAUGCUUUCUUAAAUUCCCGCCUGAUGACAGAAAAUGGCGGUUACUUUGUGUGCCGCACUCGGCAUCUCGUCCUGGCUGGGGGUGGAAAGCAAAGCGCAGCUCCAGCCUUCAACAGUUUUGCCCCCAUGUCGCCAAGAAUUGCCAGCCCUGCACAUCCCAGUGGUGGAGGCGAGAGGGGGCGGGGCCGUGGGGGAGGGGGCCGAGGUGGCAUGUCCCGCAGAGAUCGGGAGAUCAUUGGCCAAACUGUGCGCAUUGUGCAAGGUCCAUUCAAAGGUUACAUUGGAAUCGUCAAGGACGCCACAGACAGCACUGCUCGUAUUGAGCUUCAUUCCAGUUGUAAGACCAUCUCUGUGGACAGGCAGCGCCUCUCAAAUGUCAGCGGACCCAGACCAGGUGGUGGCCAGACCUCCACCUACGGCGGGCGCACCCCCAGCUAUGGCGGUCAGACUCCCAUGUAUGGUUCUCGCACGCCCAUGUACGGCUCCCAGACUCCUCUGCACGACGGCUCACGAACUCCGCACUCUGGGGGGAUGACUCCAUCACACGAAGGAAGCCGAACGCCCAGUGGGGGAGGCAGUAGUGCGUGGGAUCCAUUCCACGCCAACACGCCAAGACAUAAUGACAUGGAGUACGGUUACGAUGAUUCCCCGUCCCCCGCCGACUUUGGAGCCACCCCUAACCCUGCAACCCCUGGUUACCACGCCGACUCACCGGGUCCCAUGGGCCCGUACACGCCGCAGACACCAGGCAGUGCCUACUCCCCGUACCCUGCACCGUCACCUGGGGGGUAUGAAGCUCAGAGUCCUGGAUUUGUGGGCACUCCAAGUCCGGGAACCAUGUCCAGCCCAAGCCCGGCCAGCUUUGCAGGAAGUCCCUCCCCCAUGGGCUACAGUCCCAUGACCCCUGGUGCUCCUUUCACCCCACAGACGCCCGGCACUGCCAUGGACCAAGGCCUGACAGACUGGCACACAACAGAUAUUGUGGUGAAGGUUAAGGAAACUCACAACGAUGCCAGGCUCAUUUGUCAGAUGGGAGUUAUCAAGGAUAUCUCUGGUGGAAUGUGCGUGGUGUAUCUUAUGGAUGAGGACAAGAUGGAGAACAUUCCAUGCGAGCACCUGGAGCCUGUGCCGCCGGAGAAGGGAGACAAGGCCAAAGUGAUAGCAGGCGAGGAACGUGAUGCCACAGGUUCACUGAUCAGCAUGGAUGGGAAUGAAGGCGUGUUUAAAUGUGACAGUCAAGAAGCAGAUUCCAAUUCCAACAUCCUUAUCAUGCCUAUACAGACCCUGGCCAAGAUGGCUGACUGAAAGCCUCGCCUGUUGGACAGCCGUGGUUCUUUUCUCUGCCCAAAUUGUUAUUGCAAUAAAGUUUUCAACAAGGAUGUUAACAAACUGGAAACAAAAAAAAAGCAAAAAAACAAUUGUAAUGGCCUCUUUCCUUCAAAAUUUUUAGAUUUAUUACAGAAACUCUGGUAUGUGUUUUUUAGCACAAAUGUCACCAGAAGUAGAAUAUUUUGGGUGGAAAACAAUAUUGCAAGAUAUUGAAUUGAAUGAUUAAGAUUCUUGUUCAGGUUCUGAAUGAGUACAGUGGAAACCUGAUAUGACAGGGAUGGUGGGACCAGAACAAAAGUCCUGUUAUAUCAGGUCCGUGUUAAAUCAGAAAUGCAAGUGAAGUGAGCAUUUGUGGACUAAUCCAGCUGUAUUUUUUCAUGGGUAGUUUCUCUUGCUACAAGUACCCUGCGCAUGACUCAUUGGGCUUUCGUGUAGCUAGGCUUAGGGCUAGAUCGAAGUCUGCAGCACACCGCAGCCCUCUCUCACUUCACCCGCUGCGUGUGCUUGCACUUGCAGUGGCGUGGCUGGCAUGGACUUGCUGGUCCCCCCCCACCCCAUUGUUAACAGCAUUUGUCCCUGCUAUAACCGAUUGGACUACGAUGAGGCCCUGUCGAUAAUUUUAAUAGAGACAAAGAGUAGGAAAUAAAAGGGGAUUUAAAAAUUCCCUGUUAUUACAGGGCCUGUUAUAUAUGGUUUCCACUUUAGUGAAAUUGCUUUUUAGGCAGACUGAAAGGUAAAAUGGCAAUGUUGACUUUUGUAGGAAAAUGGCACUGCCAAUUCUAAAAGUACGAAGAAGGGCGCAGUAAGAAAACAUUUCAAAAUUCAGUCAAUUCCUUGUUUGUUUGGGAAAGAGGCAUUCGUUCAUUCUUUUUAUCGAAGAGAUGAAAUGUCUUGUAUUUAAUUUUUUUGUUCUAAGCAAGCUUACUGCAAUUUGUUCUAGUGUGAUCAUUGGAUUCUGGUGUGCUAUUGGGAACUUUGGUCCUCCAUUUGUGCAACGCAAGCUAAUGGAAUGUGCUUUUUGGUUGAGCGUCUGUUAUUGGCUGUGCCGACAGUCAUUGAAAGACUACAGAUUAAAAGAACUGCUGGUGUCAAAACCUGGUUUUUUUUUCAAAUCCCCGUUAUGUAGUAUAGUGAUGACUUAAAAAGAUGAAACCUCUCUAAAAUAACUGCUAAAGUGAUAUUCCAACAGUAGAACACAAAGCCUUAUUCUACACAUGAAAGAAAAAAAUGAAGUUUCUAAAUCUAAAAAUUUACAGUUAGCCGGAUAAUGUGACAUCACCAGUUUUUCUCCCGUAGUCUAUCAUCUGCUGUUCCCCUUGCGUCUGCCUAAGAUUCUUCAAAGGAAGUCAUUGAUCUGCAGUUCCUACAAGGUGCACACCUUUACAGUGGAUUUCAGAAGGUGAAUGUGCUCUGGAAUCUUGUUUCAAUGACUUUGAGUAUGGACAGUUCCGUUCAGCCUUAGCUUCAGUUAGCUACACCAUGCUGUUGGAAUGUUGUUGCUGAGCCAGGAACUGGGGGAUUUUGCACAGAAACGCGGCUCGAGUAGCUAGUUUUGGGAUUUGUAUCCGACAAAACAGUUUCUCAGACUUUUUGUUUGAAUUAUGUUCUUAUGUUGUACAGUUGAUUGUUUGUCGAUUUUUAUUUUAGUUGAGGCGAAACUGAUCUCCAGGGAUCUACCAAAGGCAGACUGUAGAACGAGUUUUGACAAAAGUUGAAGGACUUGCUGGCAUUUCUGGUUCUUAUGGACAGUGAGUUUUGAACUUAUGUUGCCAGGAAUUUCCUUUUCAAAAGCUGCUCUUAUCCUCAGCGGACAAGACAUUAGAUUACUGUGCAAGCAAUCAGAUUCAACUCUUUGGUGAGGAGAGGUCCUAAUGCAUUCUGUCUGAAGCCUGUUACUACUGUUAGUAGUACUCUCAUUUUGUUGCAUGGGUAAGCAAUUCUCGAUAAACUUGAAAAGUUCAGAAUGCCCUGCCUGGAACAUUAAACAUGGGGCCCUGGUGGUACUUUGCAUAGACAUUUUUUUCUGUUUUUUUACCUGUGCUAUCUUUUGUUAAAUCCAGCUUUGCUGCAGAAAUGUGUGUAAUGGAAGAAAUGGAAUUUGAAUGUUCGAAUCAUUUUGGGGGAAUUCCAUCCUUUAAUGUUUCAAGGCAUGUAAGCUGUAUUUUAAUGUCUUUAUCUUGAUGUAUGAACACAUUGGUAUAUGUUGUGUUGCCGAUGACUGUGUCUGAGAUAUGGUUUAUUUGGGUCUGUACACCUGCAAAUGUGCUCUGGAAUCUUGUUUCAAUGACUUCAAUAGAUUGUCAUUUAGGCAUAUCUUAUAGACUGCAAGUCAUUCAAUGUCUCUUUUUUUUUUCUCUACAUUGUUCAAAGUAUGACUUGUAAUAAUAUUUUUAUCUUUUUUUCCAUGCGAGUUUUUCAUGAUUUUAAUUCUUUAAAAAUAAAAAGGAAUGAAAGGGAGUUCAAGAGGUGGUGUGUGAAAAAACAGAUCUGUUAACUAAUUUGUUGCCAGUUUUCAAAUUUUUGGGGUUAACAUGUCUUUGACAUAAAUGGAAAUGUAGGGAGCAAAAUUUUUGAAUUUAUCACAAGGAGCAAGAACCUCAAAUUAUAAAGUGGAGUGAAUGCAAUUGCCAUAGGGCAAGAUUUUUUAGAACAAAUGAGCAGCUCAGAACCUCUAGAAACACAAGGAUUAUUGUUCCAAGUACACUGGUUUUUUACAUGUUGGUAGUUUUGUUUUGAACAUCUCAUGUUUUCUCAGAGCAAAUGAAAUAAAGUGAUUGUGUCAUCGUG